AUGGUCACAAAUAAAAGUUACGCAGCUAACCGUGAACAGAGCAAAUGUAAGAGAUUGAAGAAAAACAAGAAAAAACGGAAGCUCUCAACCUUCAUCAAAGAACUAUCCAUUUGUUCGUCUGAAAAACAAGUAAAAGUGCCUUCUGUUGAGGUUUCUGCUCCAACCCUUUCGGAAGAAGAAUCAAUUUUGUCUGGGGCUCCAUCAUAUGCAUCUGGAGAAGAAUUUGUAGGUCCAAAUGUACGAAAAGCAUCGAAAAUGAUUGAAAAUAUAUGUAUAGAUGCGGAUACUUCUGCCGACAAUGUAGAGAAAAAAUCACUGCUUUCCAUAUCCAAAUCCGAGCUUGAAUCAAGAACGAAAAACAAUACCGAAAUGAACUCCGAAUACUAUUCUGACAUUCAACUGGUCCUAAAGCCGGUUUUUCUAAAUCAGCCUCGGCCUCCAAGCCCAAUCAUCGGACCUUGUUCGUUUGUAGCCCAAAUGAUGCCAGACAAAUCUGCAGCAUCGCCUACAAAUUGUAUUGAGGAGAAAGCGGAAAGAAACCCGAGCCUAAUUAAAUGGCAUAAAAAUCUUGUCUCCUUUGAACCGGCGUCAAGGCUAGCGACUCAAAGAUCUGCGCUUAAACCCAGAAAAGAAAACAGCCCCUCUUCAAGUGAUAACCCUGGAGCAGAAAGCCAGAGCGCAAAGACAGUCACAAUCAAGGAGUUUGUUUAUUCGGACGACAACCCGAUUUCCAUUAACAUUCUACUAUCUAGCCAAGCAACCUCGAAAUAUUCAAGCCUCGCUGUGGAUGAAUUUUUGGCAGAAAUUUCGGCCUCCAGCGAUUUCAAGCUUAGCGCGUCAACUAGAAGGAGGUUACAGAUCACUCGGAAGGGGAAAUAA